CCGGCUUCCGGGAAGCGGAAGCGGAAGUGCCGCCAUCUCCUCCAGCCGAGCAACAGAAGGGUCAGAACAUACGAUAUAUGAGAAAGUAGCGCUACUAUAUUCGCAAAAGUGGUUAUAUGACACGUUGUAUAUGUAAAUGCCGAGCACGACUCGAGGGGUGAUAGUUGUGAAGGGAAGCCGCUGUCGAGUAACUCUGUCACGCACUCACGCGUCUCUUUAUGAGUUGAGUUAGCAUAGCGCGCGCUCACGGCUCUAGAUGAGUGUUUUUAAUUUAGCACCGUGACAGGCAACAGCGCGCUCUUUUAAUCCCGUCUUCAGUGACAAUAACCCGCUUUCUGCUGUUUGGCUGAAUGUCUGCUGGUGUUUGAGAGGAAGAACAGGGGCUCAGCGUUAAAUCACCCCACAUCUGUGCUUCUGGGCCCUCAUGUGGCCGCCGUGCAGAGGUUUGGAGCAGUGGACAGGCUGAACACUGAGAGACCCCGACCUGAGCACACACUCAGAGAGAGCUUGAGAGGGGGGGAGAGAGACUGACACUCCCAGAUUUUGCAGAACCUGAUAGCCAGUCUGUUGCCAUGUCGACAUCAUCGCUGCGGCGACAAGUGAAGAACAUUGUUCACAAUUACUCGGAGGCAGAGAUAAAGGUUAGGGAAGCAACCUCUAAUGACCCAUGGGGUCCCUCUAGUUCUCUGAUGUCAGAGAUUGCUGACUUGACAUACAAUGUUGUGGCCUUCUCAGAGAUUAUGAGCAUGGUCUGGAAGAGACUCAACGACCAUGGGAAGAACUGGAGACAUGUAUAUAAAGCUAUGACUCUGAUGGAGUAUCUGAUAAAGACGGGUUCAGAGAGAGUGGCACAGCAAUGCAGGGAAAACAUCUACGCCGUUCAGACACUCAAAGAUUUCCAGUACAUAGACAGAGACGGCAAGGACCAGGGUGUGAAUGUACGGGAGAAGGCCAAGCAGCUGGUGACUUUGCUAAAAGAUGAGGAGAGGCUACGAGAGGAGAGGAUCCAUGCACUCAAGACCAAAGAGAAGAUGGCACAGACCAGCAGUGCAUCUUCGGCCCCUUCUGCUCCUGCUUUAGGGGGAGGACUGCACUCGGGAGCAGACGCUGAGCAGGCGUGGCCCCAGAGCACUGGAGAGGAGGACCUGCAGCUCCAGCUGGCACUGGCCAUGAGCAAGGAGGAGGCGGAGCAGACUAGCAAUGACCCUCUGGAAGAUGCAGAGCUCCGCUACGCACUCACAGUCAGCCAGGAGACUCACCAAAAGGAGGAGCGUCUGCGCAGGGGAGACGACCUGAGGCUGCAGAUGGCCAUCGAGGAGAGUAAGAGGGAGAAAGCCAAGCCCGAGGAGUCGUCUCUGAUGGAGUUGAGUGCUGUAGAUCCAUGGGGGGCUCCUGCGACAAGCUCCGCAGGACCCUCUCCUCCUCCCACUUUGGCUCCUGCAUCUACUGCUGGGCCAUGGGGCCCCGCUGACCCAUGGGGAGCAACCUCCCCCGCCUCUCCCCCGAGUACUGAUCCCUGGGGAGGAGCACCAGCAACAGUAGCCCUGGACCCAUGGGGCGACUCGUCCUCUAGAGUGAACUCUGACCCCUGGGCGUCCACAGCUGUGACCCCUCCAAGUGCCGACCCUUGGGCCCCCUCAGUGGCUCCGGCCCCUACCCCGCUCUCAGGGUCAACCGAUCCCUGGGCAGCGGAAGGAGCUGCCCCUGCCACUGACGGUCUGACCUCUGACCCCUGGAGUGGCUCUGUUAAACAAACUAACGGCACAGCAGACCCAGAACGAAGAGGCUCGUUGAUGACAGGAGGUGAUACAGGAGGUGGAGGCAACACAGGGUCUCCGGUGCCCUUUGACCUUUCAUCGCUCAGUUCCUCGUUGCCUGUUCGAAAAACACCAGAGUCAUUCUUGGGUCCCAAUGCUGCACUUGUGGAUUUGGACUCUCUAGUAUCAUCAAAACCCAAACCUAAACAACCACCACCACCAAGCAUCUCCUCCACAUCUCACAACCCCUUCCUACAGACACAGGCUCCCUCAUCAACAGGUAUAGGAGUUACUCCGGGCAGUACCAUAUCCAGUAGAGGGGUGUCUCCAACCCCGCCUUCCACUUCUAAUCCUUUUGGCACCACACAGAUGGCAUCCAUCUCCCCUCAACCUUCUUCGCUCGGUCUAAACCAGCUCCGCACGAGCCCUGUUCCCCAGAAUCCUAUGCUGGGUCACAUGCCUCCACCAGUAGUGGGAAUGGUUCAGCCGGGCAUGGGCAUGCCAGGAAUGGGGGUCCCUAUGGUGGCCCCUGGUAUGGGCAUGGGAAUGGUACAAUCCAGCCCAAUUGGCAUGCCUUUUGGUGGUAUAUCCCCCAUGGGUCCUGCAGGAAAUCCCUUGCUAAUGGGCCCCGGAGGGCCUGCGCCACCUGCACUGAUUUUGGGUGGACCACCGGGGGUAGGUGGAGUAAUGGGAACAGGAGGAUCCAUGGGAGGUGGAAACACAGGCACAAGCACCAAUCCUUUCCUUCUUUGAGAGACUUCACCAAUCCCACGUGCCCUCUCCACUAAACAACCAAUCCAAACCUGCCCUAACAACACAAACAGUUUGUGUGUGACAAAAAAAAAGAAAUGUGUGUACAUCUCUAUAUUUAAUGAAAAAAGUACAAACAAAAA